AUGGCCUCACGAAAGGACGACGCCUCGGCAGCUCAGCAUGACACGCCAGCCAGAGACAAGUUGCGCAAGACAGGACACAGCAGCAGUGCCAACAAGACGGAUACACCACCACAGACACCAGAUGCUUCCGCUUCCGCUUCCGCCUCCACACCUGCACUGGCCAUCUCGCCUUUGUCUUUUUCGUCCCUCCCAACGCCGCCGUCGUCUGGCCGCCCUGGAUUUGGAUCUAGCUACUCUGGUGCCGACCGCCAGCACCGGCGACCCGCUGCUGCAUUCCGUGCUACCCGCGCCUUUUUGUCGUCGUCGCCGUCUCCAUUGUCGCCACCAGCUGCACCAAGCCCGCCGACAAGCCCGCCCUCAGCCUUGAGGCGACUAGCAUCACCAAUGUUAUCAUCAGCGGCAGCAGCAGCAGCGGCAACAGAAGCAACAACAGCAGCAACAGAAGCAACAACAGCCAUGCCCGCCACACCUCGCAUAUCACGUAGUGGGACGCCCGAGAUUGCUCAAAUUCCCACCAACCAGGCAUUUUGUGACUGCUGUGAUGACAACGACCGACACGGCCCGAGCACAGACGACCAGGGCAAGCAGCAGGGUCCAUUGGCAGCAACCAGUGGACAAGGCCGGUGUGCCGUGCACGGUGGCAGCCAGGCUGUCCAAAAUGCCGUGGCCCAGACAAGCCAUCACCCGCCAGGCGAACGUGCAUCAGGCAGCCUCAACAAAGUCGAGGCACAGCUCCAGGCAGCAAGGGCCUACAUGAUGAGACGGAGGCAAGCAGCGGCACAAGGCAGCGGCAGCGGCAGCCAACAUAAGAACUAG